AUGAUAACUAAUUUAUUUUCUGUAUUUGAUCCUUCUUCAAGAAUUUUUAAUCUUUCAUUAAAUUGACUAAGUACAUUUAUUGGAUUACUAAUAAUUCCGUCUAUAUACUGAAUCAUGCCAUCCCGAUAUAACAUUAUUUGAAAUAAUAUUUUAUUAACUCUUCAUAAUGAAUUUAAAACCCUAUUAAAGGAUUCGAAUCAUAACGGAAGAACAUUCAUCUUCGUGUCUCUAUUUUCAAUAAUUUUAUUUAAUAAUUUCUUAGGUCUAUUUCCGUAUAUUUUUACUAGAACAAGUCAUUUAACUCUUACACUUGCCCUUGCUCUUCCUCUUUGAGUAAGAUUUAUAUUAUACGGCUGAAUUAAUCAUACCCAGCAUAUAUUUGCACAUCUAGUCCCUCAAGGAACCCCAGCCGUUCUUAUACCAUUUAUAGUCUGUAUUGAAACUAUUAGAAAUAUAAUUCGCCCAGGUACCCUAGCUGUUCGAUUAGCCGCUAAUAUAAUUGCUGGUCACCUUCUAUUAACCCUUUUAGGAAAUACCGGCCCUUCAAUAUCUAUAAUUUUAGUCACCCUUCUUUUAAUUGGACAAAUUGCUUUAUUAGUUCUUGAAUCUGCCGUCGCAAUUAUUCAAUCCUAUGUAUUUGCCGUACUAAGAACUUUAUAUUCUAGAGAAGUAGUUUAA